UUGCAAAAUGCACUAAGGAAGAUGUCCAACUGGACCACUGUAACCGAGUUCCUCCUCCUGGGCUUCUCGGACACUCGGGAGCUGCAGAUCUUACGCUUUGUCAUCUUUCUCUCAGCAUACCUGGCAGCUCUGGUGGGGAACCUCCUUGUUAUCACUGCUGUAACUACGGACCACCACCUCCACAGCCCCAUGUACUACUUCUUGGUGAAUUUGUCCGUCCUUGACCUUGGAUCCAUCUCUGUCAACAUCCCCACGUCAAUAGCCAAUUCUCCCUCAAACAUCAGGACAAUCUCCUAUUUCGGAUGUGUGGCCCAGGUCUUCCUCUUCCCACUCUUUUGUAUAGCUGAUCUUGCCUUCCUCACCAUCAUGGCAUAUGACCGGUAUGUUGCCAUCUGCAAGCCACUGCAUUAUCGGAUGAUAAUGAACAAGAGAGCUUGUAUUCAAAUGGCUGCCGGUGCAUGGGUCAGUGCUAUUUUCUAUUCUGCAUUGCACAGUUGGAGCAUAUUCAGCAAACCCUUCUGCCAUUCCAACAUAAUCAAUCAGUUUUUCUGUGAAAUCCCCCAGCUCCUCAAGCUGCUCUGCUCGGCUGCAUAUCUCGGAGAACUGAGGGUUAUUGCAUUUUGUAUGUGUUUAGUGUCAAGCUAUUUUGCUUUCAUAGUUGUGUCAUAUGUUCAGAUCUUACCUACAGUGCUGAGAUUGCCCUCUGAAGAAGGCCGGAAUAAAGCCUUUUCUACCUGCCUUCCUCACCUCAUUGUGGUCUCCUUGCUUGUGAGCACCGGCACAUUUGCCUACAUGAAACCCACUUCGAGGUCCUACUCUGCUCUGGACCUUAGCAUAGCUGCUCUGUAUUCUGUGGUUCCUCCAUUGAUGAAUCCAUUUAUUUACAGCAUAAGGAACAAGGAGCUGAAGGCUUCUUUGAGGAACCUUAUCUGUAGGAUGUUAUUUGGCAGUAAGAACAAAUUUGUCUCCCUCUCAUGA